AUGCGAACUCCUGUGGCUACCCCAAAACCUGCUCGCCAUGUGAGUUGUCCAUAGCUCUGUGGUCAGAGCGACUUCUACCGCAUCCGGAGGGUCGUGGGUAAUAAUAAUAAUAAUAAUAAUAAUAAUAAUAAUAAUAAUAAUAAUAAUAAUAAUAAUAAUGGAAACUUUAUUUGUGUUUUUGAAUUGACAAUUGUAAAUCUCGCUACGUAUAGGCAAUUUACAAAUGCUGCUUGAGAUUGGAUUAUUAAAAAGAAAAAAAAAACAAAAACGAAAAACAAAAAACAAAAAACAAAAAAACAAAAACAAAAACAUAAACAAAAACAAAACAAAAGCCAAAAAAAAAUCAAAUUGCAUUAAGUCUGGGCUAUCCCAGUUCCUAUUUCUACAACAAAAGAUGUAAUAUGUUGCUCUAAUGGCUAUUUUUAUCAUUUUCUUGAUUAUAUAACGUUGCUGCUUUUUGUCAAUGCCAAUGUCAUUCAUCAUGUCUAAGAACGUGGAGCAUUCAUCGGAGAAAGCGCCAAGGGAACUCAUGGAGAGAUUUACAAAUCUCACACAUGUGUAAUUUGUACUCAUUUCAUUGAUCAAGUUAAGAUAUUUUUCUUUCUUACGCAGAACAUAUAGGCACUUGGACUGGAUUAGGAAAAUAAUAAUAAUAAUAAUAAUAAUAAUAAUAAUAAUAAUAAUAAUUUUUUUUUUUUUUAAAAAAAUAGACAAUUUUAUUAAAAAACUAUUAAAAUCCUAUUUACAAUUAAUUCGCUUAAAAAAAAGGAAAAACUAUUCAUGCAAAAACACUAUUUACAAUUUCUGUCGAUUUAAAAAGCACUUAAUUUAGCUUAAAAAAAAGUUAAUUAAAACUAAGAAAAAUUUUUUCGAAUUAAAAAACAUUUCAUUUCAAUAAAAAAAAACUGUCAACUUCUAAAAUUCAAAAGUUUCUUUCAACUGCUUAAAAAAAAAAAAAAAAAAAAAAAAAAAAUAUAUAUAUAAUAAUAAUAAUAAUAGUUAUAUUAGAGUGGAACCCCAUUAAUACGGUCACCAAUCGGUCAAAAAAUGUUGGCCGUAUUAUCGGGGAGGGCUCAAAUUUCAUGACUUGAGGGCCGUAAUGACAAAUAAACCGUGCAUCGCAUUCGCAUUUCUUGAACAACUGUUCUCAUUAAUCACUUAUUUCCUGCAGUACAUAAAACACUUUUAAAAUUCUGCUAUAAAGUUGCAACAAGUGCACUUUAUGUGUGUAUACUGUAGUCUAAAAACAGUGCAAGAACAGGCUCAGAGUACCAGCAGGUCAAUAAAAUUGACAUGUCACAGGUAUUUUAAUUUUCUAAAUUUCCAACAAGUGGCUGCAUUAACGGAUUUGAAAUGUGGCCGUUGGCCGUAUUAACGGGUGACUGCAUUAACGGAGGUUUUCAAUACGGAAAUCUAUGACCGUUUUGCUAGACCGAAAAAAAGUAGCCGUAAUAAGUCUAAUGACGAGGUGACCGUAUUACCGAGGUAGCCGUAAGGCGGGGUUCCACCGUAAUAAUAAUGAUAAUAAGACCGAGUUAGGCAACAGUAACUAUAGCAAUAUUUUGUUCCACUGCAUUUUUCUCAGGUGCUCUGCUUUGGACUCUUUCCCUUCCUUGUGUCUGGACUCCUUCGCCCAUCUUCAGAAAAUCGUCUCGGCUGGAGCCGCGUUCGCCGGCCUUUCACUCCUAAACCAAUUACCCGCCAAGUCGUGGUUCCCCCUACUCGCCGUCCAGUGGCCCAAAUUUCGAAGGAAAAAUGCUCUCGUAUCGUCGACAAGGUACCCAAGUUACCUCGCUAUUAUUACCGUUUCAGGAAGUUUAGACGUCCACUUUGCGUACGUCUUAAUGAAUCCCAGUUGUUACAGAUGCUCAAAGAUGUUGGAGGGUAUAACCCAAGGUAUGUGGGCAUUAACAGAGAAGCUGUAUGCAACUUCACCGACCUUUCACAAAACGCCAAGCUCUUACCAAGGAAUUCAUCACGGCCUAUACGACCAAAACGACAAAAACGCAUGGUUACUUUACCUGGUACCACCGUUAAACGAGGCUGCUGGGGGCGUGGCUCUUUCUUGGAUAGAACUUCCCUCCUGCGCAUGUGCACGGAAUGCUCUACAACAACUCAUCUUCCCGCCAAUAUUUUCCCGCCUUUCAUCAACGAGGUACUUUGUGGCGAUAAUGACGGCUACUGCCACCUUCGUCGGGGGCGUUGCAUCCAAAAGUUUCUCGUGUUUACCUUUCUUAAAAAUACCGAAGAGUUUGAGCGAGAUGACGACCUGAGCGAAGAUCUUGGAAUGGAUGUCUAUAAGGAAAAAUACGAUACGAUUAAUUACCAGAUUAGGUCGUGCUGCGAUUGUGGCAAUUUUGCCUUUCCAAUUGGCUAA